CAGCACAGCUGCCCAUCACACUCUCUCCACCUGGCCAAACUACCAAAAGGGAUCAAACCAUGCAGGGGAGGGACAGGCAAGAAAGAGAAUGAAGAGCCCUUGGAAGAUUCAGAAGAUGGACUCAGAGGAGCCACAGGACUCCUACGAGGACAAAGGCAGAGAGCAGCCAGGAAGGAAUGUCCUUGGUUGCCUCUCCCUCACUGCUCUAAAGUGACAGAGCUACCCUGGGCCCUUGGAGGGCAUCAGUCUUCUCAUAACGCUUGGUACCCACCUCCGCUUCCUAUGCCCCCUGCAUCCUUCUGCCCAUUCUUGCCUCAGGAACAUUCUUUUCAUCAUCAAGGUUGUGAUGGUAAUGAAUCAUACAUGCCAGACAGCUAUAUGACAGCUCCAACACAGAUGUUUCACCAGACCCCUGGCACUUCCUGGUACUUACCUGCACCUGCUGACCUGUCCAGCCGCCUGGCCCUAAAUCCCCUGAGUGGCAACAUGGAUUUGAGCAGACGUCCAAAGGUUGCACCAUUGGGAGGUCAGCCAACCUCGUCUGCUCAUGUCUCAGUCUGGCCCACCAGGGGGUUUAUCUUCUCCCCCCUUUCUGAACAACAACUACAGAAAGAGGCUGCUGAAGCUCUGAUGGUGCUGAGAAAUACUCCCCAGUCGGGUCCCAUUCUUGCCACUUCAGGUCUUCUGCCCCCUGCCAGUUCUGCACCUGCUCUGAUGGCCUCACCCACUUUCUCACGCCCCUCAGCAACAGUUCACAAUCCUGGGGUGCCCAGUAUCUUCCAGCAUCAUCCCUCAUACUUCAUGCCUCCAUAUGGCAUUCAUCCUGUAAAGGCUUCUAAGGACAUAGCUUUGAAAGGAACUCAGGUGCCUCCAGAGUCAGUUAGCACUCAUGGAGAACAGGCCCCAGGGGCUCUUUUCCUUCCUUUACUCCAUGGUAGUGCUCUUCCCCAGCAGUACAAAAAUGUCCAUCUGUUCUCAAUUGCUCCAUCCCCAGCUCCCCAAGUGUCUACUUCUCUAAUGGUCUCCAGCAUCCAAGCUGUCAAACCCAGCCUUGGAGGAACUUCCAGUAUCAGCCACCACCAUUUUGCCCCAAAUGUGGCAGCCUAUCACACUUCCUCAGGCUCCAUGCCACAAACUAUCCGCAUGCCACAAACUAUAGAGAGUGGUUGGAUUUCAGAGACAAAUGUUGAAGUCCUUGCCUCACCCAGCUCCACUCAUGGAGGUCCUCCAUUGCUGCCCUUCUGUGUCCCACCAAUGGAUGUGUCCAUUACCCCAAUGCCCCUACAAACUGGCAUCCCAUGCACUUCAUUUGAGAUGGAAUUGCAUAUGCUUCCCAGGCUGUCAUUGCUGAAUCCCACCCCCUACAUUAUAGCUCAGCAAGGUUUCCCAGAGCCAAUGUUUCCCCCAGGGCAUAAAUCACAAGUAUGCCAUCAGCAGCACAGCCAAGAAGGAAAUCAUCCUGCUAAGGGGCAGGAAGCAGAAGAACAUGGGAGUAGUCACAAGGUGCCUGGACACAAGGAUCCAAAAGGUUCUACUGAAACAGCGCCUGACUUCCUUGCGUCUAAGCAAGCCUGCAGCCAGUCUGUUCAGCAAGCCUCACCAAGCCAACAACAGUCAAGCCACCUCCAGCAGGCCAACUCCUCCCCCUCUGUUUCCCUAAGAAUUGGCCAGAUGGGCUCCAUCUCCCUCCCCAGCUAGGCUUCUGACAGUGGGAGAUUACCACACAUCCACCUGCAUUUACAGAAUACUUUGAGAAAAGAAGAGCUUCUGAUGGAUAAAAUCCUUUCUCCCCUGAUCUUUUAACAGGGGAGGUGGCCUACGGCCAGGGGCACAGCCUCUGCAUUUCUUUCAUUCUGAUCCCCUGCUGAGUUAUUGCAACUGCUUUAUUGUGGCAAGACAAAGUCAGCAUCACUUAAAACAUUCAGUUCAUUUUUAACUAGU